AUGAAAAAAUACAAAUGUGAAAUAUGCAAUAAAUAUUUAUCUAUUAACACUUACAAAUCAAGAAAAAUGCAUAUAAAUGGAUCUAAACAUAAGCUUCUUAAAGAGACAUAUUUUAUGGAAUUAAUGGAGCGUAAUGACAUUAAAAAUAAUAUAAAAUCACACAAAGCACGAUUAGGAAAAAAUUAUGAAUUUUUUUUAGGUAAACAGAAUUAUGGAUUUAGACUACCGCCAUGUACAUUUAACAAAGACUUUACUAUUCCGCCUUGUCCUAAGAAUUUUCGACUUCCUAAAUUUUUCGAUUUUACCGACGCAGCUAAUUUCUGCUCAGAUAUUAACAAAAAUUUGCAAAACAUAUUAGAAAAAAACUUCGAUUAA